AUGGACUAUUAUAUAUAAACCAUUCAAUAAUUAUAGUAGACAAUUUAAUUAGCUUCUAAUGAAAAUAAAGAAUUGAGUUAAAAAUUAAUAUCCUUGCAAAUAAAAUAUGAUCCAGAAUCAGAUCUAUAAAUAAAAAAUUUAGAAAAAACUUUCUUGCUUUAACAAUAGCAAUUAGCAUAGCUUAAAUAAGAGAAAAUUAAAAACAGUAGAAUAUAGCCAUUAAACAGUGAAGAUAAAUAUUAGAUAUUAUAAUUAACUGAAUAGAUAAAUGAAAAAGAGGCUGAUUUAAGAACUAUAGAGGAUCUGAUGUACUAAACUGAAUUUCAAAUCAAAACUGCAAAUCAAGAAUUAUCUGAAUUGAAAUAAAUAUUAAUAGAAAAAUAAUAGGAUCAAAUAUAACUUAAUAAGAAAGCAUAAUAGCUCGAAAAUUUGAUACGAAAUAUUAAUGGACAAGAUAGUCUACCGAUGUCAUACAUUAAUGAAAUAGAUAGACUAAAUAACAAAUUACAAAAUUUAGAAAAAUAAUCUAAUAUUUAAUCAAGGCUAACCUACUAGAGUUAUUACAAGUAAAAUUGA